AUGAAAAACGGAUUAGUUGUGAAAGAUAAUGCAUUAAUGAACGCCAGUUAUAACCUUGAAGUAACUGAACAGCGUUUAAUACUUUUGGCAAUCAUUAAUGCAAGAGAAACAGGAGCAGGGAUUACCUCUGACAGCAAGUUAGAAAUCCAUGCCAGUAAUUAUUCAAAACAGUUUAAUGUCACAAAAGAAGCAGCCUACAAAGCACUUAAGAGUGCAGUAAACAAUUUAUUUGAACGCCAAUUUUCUUUCCAAGAAGAAACCAAAAGGGGGAUUGGUACUGUUCGUUCUCGCUGGGUAAGUCGUAUCAAAUAUAUUGAUGACUCUGCAACACUAGAAAUUACUUUUGCGCCUGACGUUGUUCCCUUAAUAACAAGACUAGAGCAGCACUUCACAAGCUAUCAAAUAAUCCAAGUAGCACAACUUACAGGGAAAUACGCUAUCCGCUUGUAUGAGCUACUGAUCGCAUGGCGUGAAGUUGGCAAAGUUCCACAAAUUAGACUUUCAGAUUUUAGGGAAAGACUCGGAGUUGAAGUUGAUGAAUACAAAGCAAUGAAUCACUUUAAAAGUCGUGUGCUAGAACCCUCGAUUAAGCAAAUCAACGAGCAUACAGAUAUUAUAGUGACGUAUGAACAACAUAAAAAAGGGCGGACAAUUACAGGCUUUUCAUUCAGAUUUAAGCAGAAGCAGCAAGCAAAAAAAAUAGAAGCUAAUAGAGAUCCGGAUACAGCCGAUCUAUUCACAAAAAUGACCGAUGCACAACGACAUAUGUUUUCUCACAAACUGUCUGAGAUGCCCGAAAUGUCGAGAUAUUCCCAAGGUACAGAGAGCUAUCAACAAUUUGCCAUUCGUAUUGCUGAAAUGCUUUUACAACCUGAGAAAUUUAGAGAGUUAUAUCCUCUUUUAGAAAAAGCAGGAUUUAAGUAA